UGUUGUUAUUAGCUGCAGAAGAAUCAUUUGUAAAUACAGUUUUCCUCCAGUUCAUCAAUAUCAUUUAUGUCAGUAUUUUGGGUGAAAUAAAAAUGGAAAAGCAGUUACUCCAACUUGCUGAACAAAGAGAUUUACAAGGGCUAGUUGGACAUGCCCAGAAUGUAGAGUUAACACAGAUUUUCAAACUUUUAAGAGAAGAACUCUACAAAGGACGAUCUGCUGCAGUUACAGUAGUAAGAGCUUUAUUUCAAGGAUUUGCUUCAAGUGAUGAUGGAAGUUAUAAGAAGAGAUUUGAGACCUAUAAGUUUGUCCUGAAUAUAGUGCAGAAAACUGAGCUUCAGCAACAUAUAGCAUCUGAAUUAGUUGGACUGUUAUUAUUAGAGACAGACCUCUUGCGUGUUGACUGGUUAGCAGAACUAGCAGAUAAUUUUGUGGAUAGCAUCAAAAAUGGAGAAAACUUAAAUGGAAGGUGGCUUGAACUUGUUCCUAAGGUAUUGGCAACUAUAGCAUCACGAGAAGUAGCUGCUUUUGAAGGAAAUGAGAUGUCAGGAGCCCAGUAUAAAAGUGACAUAGUUAAUUCUUUGUGCUCAUACAAGUGGGAUCCUAGGAUUGCUGUGCAUUUGGCUUCAAUGUUCAGGGAUACACCACUAAGCCAACAAGAGUUAAAGCUGGUCUUGGACAAAUUAUUGAGAUUUUUACCAGAUCUUGAUCUACAGGAAACACCUUCUUUGAUCUAUCAACUUUUAUUACUGGCUGCUAAGGGUCCACGAAAAAUGAUUUUAAAUGAACUGGUCAGAUUUUUCAAUCAACUAGAUGAGAAAUUUUCCAUGCAACAGAAUCAAGAUACUGAAACACCAGAUUUUGCAUUAAUGGAAGCCCCUCACAACGUUGAGCUUGCUAGACAGACUGAAGGAACAAUCAUUCUACAUGUGACAUUUGCUGCCAAACAAGAUCAAGAACUUGGAAAGGAAUUUGUUAAAAUGCUAAAGGCGAGACAACAUAAUCCAAAGUGUGUUCUUUCACCGUUUAAUCUGGCAUUGAGUCUAUCACUAAGUAAGAUGAAGAGAUUUGAAGGCCAAAUUUUAGAUGUUUUGAGAAAUGCAGUUCUUCGAAGUUUUCAAGAAAAGCAGAAAAAAUGUGACUCAAAUUGGAUGAGAAAGAUGCUCCCAAUGGAUUUUGAAGUAACAACCUCUCUCCUGGAAACCAUCUCCAACAGUCAGUUUGGUUGGGAUUAUGUAACUCAAGGGUUAAUAAGGCUUGGCUUCACUCUUCUUGACUCUUUUGGACCAAAGAGGUCAUUUGAACGAGCCAGUAAUCUUCCAUCUCGCCCUAAACCACAAACACCGAAUGAGGAAGCAUGUUUGCUAGGAGCUCGUAUUAUUCAAGAAACAUUCAAGACUCAUGAAAUAGUCAGGGCAGAAGUUUUGGAACAGAUUCUGAACCGUGUUGUUACAAAGAACACAUCUCCUGUGGCUCAUUAUGUUGCCGUUUUAGCAAAGACAGUUCAUGCAGCCCCCCAGUUAUUUUUGGAUUCCUUAGGUCGUUUGCGGGAAGUUUUAGACUAUCUCCCCUUUCUACCUCACUGCUCAGCUGAAAGACUUCUGAGUGCUUUCAUUCCACUUCUCAAAAUCAGCAUUUAUCUGAAGGAUUCCAUGAUGUUACUGCUAAGAAAAGCAAUGUUUAACAGGUUAAGAACUUUUUCAUCAGUCAUAAAUAUUAUACCAAUUUGUGUUUAUAUAUUUG